GCCACGGGGAGGCUCCUCCCCUGGGCCUGCCCCCACGAGGGCCUGUCACGAGGCAGCCGGGCCGGCGCGCAGGGGCCUGUCUCUCCGAGGCCGGGCGCGCCACCGGGCCGUGCCGCCGCCGCCGCCGCCCAGCUCCGCGCGCCAAGCCGCGCCCCGGUGAGAGGCGCUGCCGGGCCCGCCGCGCUCCCGCCUCCCUCAGACCCUCCCCUCUCCCACCCUGCGCGCGGCCGGCGCCUGCGUCGCUUGAUGCCCCGAGAGCAGCCGCGCGGCCCGCGGGGCUCGGGCCAGAGGCAUAUUAUGGAACCGAGCCCGGCAGGAGGAGGUGGGGGUCCAGGCGAACCAGCACACGCAGUGGCACUGCUGCGGGGUCUGAGUGCACUGCGCUCUGAGCGGAGCCUGCUUGAUGUGACAGUGGUGGCCGGGGGCUGUGAGUUUGGGGCACAUCGAGCUGUGCUAGCUGCAGCUUCUGGCUACUUCCGUGCCAUGUUCGGCGGGUCACUGCGGGAGUCCCGGGCCGAGCGGGUGCGGCUACAUGGGGUGGACCCUGAGUGCCUGGCACUGCUGCUCGACUUUGCCUACACUGGUCGGGUGGGGCAGCUGGGCCCCGACAUCGCAGAGCGGCUGCUGCGUGCCGCCGACCUACUACAGUUCCCAGCCGUGAAGGAGGCAUGUGGCACUUGGCUGGCCCGGCAGCUGGAGCCGGCCAACGCGCUGGACAUGCAGGACUUCGCAGAGGCCUUUGCUUGCCCAGCCCUUGCGGCUGCCGCUCACCGAUUUGUGCUGCGCCAUGUGGGUGAGCUGAGCACGCAGUUGGAGCGGCUGCCGCUGGCGCGGCUCAUCUCCUACUUGCAGGACGAUGAGCUGUGUGUGCCCAAGGAGGAGGCCGCCUUCCAGCUGGCACUGCGUUGGGUGCGUGCUGACCUAGCUGCCCGUGCCCCGCUGCUGCCGCAGCUCCUGGCCCACGUGCGCUUGCCCUUCGUGCGCCGUUUCUACCUGCUGGCGCAUGUGGAGGGCGAGCCCCUGGUGGCGCGUUGUCAGCCCUGUCUGCGCCUCCUGCGGGAGGCCCGCGACUUCCAGGCUGCUCGCUAUGACCGGCACGACCAGGGGCCAUGUGCUCGCAUGCGGCCACGACCCUCUACCGGCCUGGCAGAGAUCCUUGUGCUCAUUGGUGGCUGCGACCGUGAUUGCGAUGAGCUGGUCACCGUUGAUUGUUACAACCCACGUACGGGGCACUGGCGCUACCUGGCUGAGUUUCCCGAGCACUUGGGUGGCGGCUACAGCAUAGCGGCGCUGGGCAAUGACAUCUACGUGACAGGAGGAUCAGAUGGGUCAAGGCUCUAUGACUGUGUCUGGAGAUACAACUCCAGUGUGAAUGAGUGGACAGAAGUUUCUCCAAUGUUGAAAGCAAGAGAAUACCACAGCUCUACAGUCUUGGAUGGACUGUUGUAUAUUAUAGCCUCAGACAGCACAGAACGUUAUGACCACUCCAUAGACGCCUGGGAGGCUUUGCAGCCUAUGUUGUACCCAAUGGACAACUGUUCUACCACAUCUUGUCGUGGCAAACUCUUUGCUAUUGGCUCUCUAGCAGGCAAAGAAUCCAUGGUUAUACAAUGCUAUGACCCUGAAACUGACCUCUGGUCCCUCGUGAACUGUGGACAGCUGCCUCCAUGGUCUUUUGCACCAAAAACUGUGACUCUUAAUGGACUCAUAUACUUUAUAAGAGAUGACUCCGCCGAAGUGGAUGUUUACAAUCCAAUGAAGAAUGAAUGGGACAAAAUCCCUCCUAUGCUUCAGGUUCACGUUGGAGGGAGCUUGGCUGUGCUUGGUGGGAAGCUCUAUGUCUCUGGUGGCUACGAUAACACAUUUGAACUUUCAGAUGUGCUGGAAGCUUAUGAUCCAGAAACUCGAAUGUGGAGCAUAGUGGGACGGCUGCCUGAACCUACCUUCUGGCAUGGAAGUGUCAGCAUAUUCCGACAGUUCAUGCCACAAACUACACAAGACGACGACAGUAUUGCUCUGGAUAAUGCCAUUAACCUAAACAGGCAGCGCCAGAAUCUGCAUAAUCAGAAUCUUAAUGAGUUACGUUAACAGUAGAAAAACUUAUCUCUGUGGCUUGAAGUGAAUUCAUUACAAUUAACCAGUGUCAAUUUGGGGGAGGGCAGGAGGCAAACUGGUGCUUGGAAACUCUGAAAUGGAUUGAUCAGUAAUUGCAAGCAGGAGGAAAUAAAAACCCUGAAAGAUUAAAAUGUUGUAGGAAGCAUAGUUGGCAGAAAGUUAGAGGCCUCUUUGGGUGCAUUGUCCCUCAGCACUUUUCUGUGGAUGGAGAAGGUGCAGCAUUAACCACAGAAAAGCUCUGAUAUGAGAACUCUGGAAAAAACAGAUAUUUUUAAAAAAUCACUUGUUACUCAAGCACCACUAUUGCAGGCAGCAUUGCGAAGCUUUUGAUCAGACAGUUGUCAAUAGUACCCUGCAGGCAGCGUCUUUCCACAUCCUAACAUUUCCUAUUUGCCACCAAAUUCCAUUCUUUGUGGGGGGGGUUUAUGGAACAUAGAAGAGAGGAAGGACCAAAGUUUGCUAGUACCAGAGGCUCUCUGAAAGGGGAGAGAUUGGUUUGGUAAGAUAUGCCUUCAGAUCUAAUACUCCGCUCAGUGCUCCAGAGGAAGAUAGACCACUUGCCCAGGUCCUUGCCAAUAUGGUCUGAGGGAAAAUUCGACCCACAAAGUUUGGGUUCAUUAUAGAUGUGCAGAUAUGAGGAUAUAAAUAUCUAGCCCUAAAUAUGCCGAGAGCCACAAUAAAGUUUGGUCACUCUUCAUGCUUUCAUGAAGAACCUAUUAAAUUGCUAAAAAGGUCAAUGCAAGGAUAUUAAGGUUGAGAGUCAUGAAGUUUGAAAUUUCCCUCCCCCGCUACCUUAAAUGUGUGAUAAAUUAAUUGUUAAACCCGUACAGUACUGUAAGUUUUUAUACAGAAUUUUCAUUACUCCAAGCAGCUUGUGCUUUUAUUGGUCCUUACUAGAAUGAUGUCUCUUUAGAAACUUUGCAUUUUAAAAAUGAUUCACAUUCACAAACUUAGAUUGAGGGAAAUGUCAAAUACAUUUCAAUUUCUUUUUUUAAGCAAAUAUCCAUCUGAGAAGAAGAGUGGGGAGAGACUUUAGAGGCUGGGGGCUCAUGUCAAAGAUCUCUUGGAGAAGAACCUCCAUCGACAUUCAAAUCUGGAUAACAUUUUUGUUUCUAUCAAAUUGUUUAGUCUGCAGUUGAACUUGGCAGAGAAAUCUCUGCAGUAUGGUCUUGUCUCGUGAGGUUAUUUGCUAUUUAUUAUUGAUGUUCCAUAAGCUCUAAAGACUUUAACUUGACUCUUUUUAUCAAGAAUGGCAAAAUUUGUGCUAGAUUGAGCAGACAGGUCCUGGAUAGUAGUUGGGGACACUAAAAUGCAGAGGGUGUAUUCUCACCAUUUAGACACUAAGGAAGUAGAUCAGAAUGGUAUUUUUAGGGGAGAACUUAUUUAAAGAGAGGAAGUAUAGAAGAGCUUCCUUGGGAACUGUCCCAUGGAUUUGAGCAAAGUAAUUUAUUACACAGUAUUUGGUAUAUAGAAAAAUUUUAUGCUGCUUCAAACAUUUGAUAAAGUAUUGUGGCUAAGCUAAGGUAAAUUUACGGUUUAUAAUGGAUCAAUUUGUUGAGUGAUAGAACCUACUAAUGUUAAUAUUACACAUGAGAAUUGACCUUCAUCAAAAUAAUUUAAAGCAACUGUUGGAAUUUUUGAGCAGUUGGUAAAUGCUAAUCAGGGCCUUUAGUUAGUUCAUAGAGACUGAAUUUUGUUCAGAUCUCUAUUGCUUUUGUAAUCAGUAAGUUCUGCUUUCAGAUUUAAAAAAAAGAAAAGGAGUACUUGUGGCACCUUAGAGACUAACCAAUUUAUUUGAGCAUAAGCUUUCGUGAGCUACAGCUCACUUCAUCGGAUGCAUACCGUGGAAAGUGUAGAAGAUCUUCUACACUUUCCACGGUAUGCAUCCGAUGAAGUGAGCUGUAGCUCACGAAAGCUUAUGCUCAAAUAAAUUGGUUAGUCUCAAGGAGUACUUGUGGCACCUUAUUCUUUUUGCGAAUACAGACUAACACGGCUGUUACUCUGAAACCUUUCAGAUUUAAGUGAUCUGGCAGGCUUAAUUCUAUUUCCUGUAUUUAACCUGAGCAAGCAGAUUUCAAUGGAAGAGGAAAUUUCCUGCUAAUUUCCUGAUUGAAUGUCUGGCUGUUGCUACAGAGCUCUUAAAUUUCAAAAUCCAGCAUGAUCUAGUUGAAAACAAGCAUUAAUGUCUUAGGAAAGCAUGAUGAAGUGAAACAGUGGGUAAGAUUGUAGCUGUGCACUUUCUCAGUGGGAAAACUGUAUGAAUUUAAACUUCACCUACUCAUGACAAACCCAGAUAUUAAAUCACACAAAUCUUUAGGCUUCUUCAUUUGGAAGAUGCUGUAGGAUAUCCUAACUCACUGAAAUGUCCUAAGUUCCCAAGGGAGAAAGCAUUUUCUCUUGAGCUCUUGAGUCUAUUCUCUCUGGAACACUUCCUCUCUAUUCGCAAAAAGAAAAGGAGUACUUGUGGCACCUUAGAGACUAACAAAUUUAUUUGAGCAUAAGCUUUCAUGCUCACGAAAGCUUAUGCUCAAAUAAAUUUGUUAGUCUCUAAAGUGCCACAAAUACUCCUUUUCUUUUUGCAAAUAGAGACUAACAUGGCUGCUACUCUGAAACCUUUCUCUCUAUUGCAAACUUUCAGCAGAGAUUCUUCCCAUUAUCCUGAAUUAGGACCACUUUUAAACUUUGACAGGUAAUUGACAGUGCCUUACCAGAAUGUAGCUUAAGACAGGGUUAUAGAACAACUAGAUUGUGUUGGUAGACUUCAGUCUACCAAGACUUCACAGUGGGUGGAACAAAGUGACUGAAUAAAUCAACUUGAUAGAUUUGGCAAACUUUAACUUCUGUUUUGUUUUGGUAACCUCACUGAGUUUCCUACUUGGGAGUUGGGAAUACCAAUCAGUGGACCAUUUGGUUAUUUCAGUCAGGCUUUUUAGUAUCACAAAUUUAUAGUAACCAGUUGGAAAUCUAAAAAGAAAGGUUUCAGAGUGGUAGCCAUGUUAGGUUGUAUCAGCAAAAACAAUUAAGGUGCCACAAGGACCCCUCGUUGUUUCUACAAAGAAAGGAUAGUUCUGUUAUGUAUUCCCCUCUCCCUUAGCUCUUGUUUAGCUGGUGUGCAAGCAAGAACAUGGGAUAGCUUCUUAUUUGAGGCUUACAGCUCUAUAAACAUGUUUUUGUUCCUGAAAAUAUAUUUAAUAUGCUUUUAGCUCCUGUGCUCAGUUCUCAAGCGAAUGUUAAGCAAGAUACAGGGCUCGUUUUGGUGAAGCUUGCCUAUUUCCUUGGAAGAAUGCAGUGAAUUGAUGCAAUUUCUUCACUUCUGGCUGUAGAAUACUAUGCCAGCAAGCAAUUUGUGUCCCCACAAAAGUUAAACUGAAACCUCAAGUCAGUCUCUCUUCCACUGAGCUUGUGCAGUUAUUGUAAUGGGAGUGAUACACACAACCAUGUGGUGCUCAAUAGGGUGCCAGUUAUUCAAGACAUGUAUUCAAGUCCAUCUUAAGAUGUGGAGCACUGCUGCCUACAUGUUGUAAUUUAGUAUAACUUAAUUUGCAUAGUAGAAUGGUAAAGUAUUUAUGCUGAACUAUUAAAGUAUAUUUAUGUAGAACAUUCUCCUACUGUAGUGCUCUCUGCUGGACCUGUGUCAUCUUGAAGUUCCAAAACCAGCUGAAUAAUUAGGUUUGUGUUUAUAACUUUUUUGUAGACUUUCAUUGUGUCCAAACCUUUAAAUACUGUUUAAAUACCAUCCUUUGAAGCAAAGGCAUUUUACAUUUUGACAGAUUUUGGAUUUUUAUUCUCAUACUUUCGUUUUUAAACUUCUUUGAAAUGAUCAAGCUAAAUAAAACAUGUAAAAUGUAAA